AUGAAGUGCCCAAACCUUCCAAUGAAAGCUGCCGUACUGGGGCUAUGUUCCCUUGGAGUGGCGCAAAUCGACACAUUCUCGCCGGAAAGUAACAGUGAGAUAUUAUACAGUGUCACUGCCCCAGAUAGCACUGUGUCCUCAGGUUCAGGGCCGAUUUUCUUCCAGAUUCGCGCCCCGAAUACUCUGGAAUGGGUAGGGCUCGGCCAAGGAACGCGCAUGGCUGGCGCGGAUAUCUUCGUCCUAUAUUCAGCGCCAUCGGAGAAUGUGACUAUAUCGCCCCGUUCGGGAACAGGACAUGUCGAACCACGUCACAAUCCCGAAGCCCAACUUUCCCUGCUGGAGGGCAGCGGCAUCCAGGACGGGUUGAUGACGGCGAACGUCCGCUGCGACUCGUGCAGCUAUUCGGCCAGUUCAUCGUGGAUCUUCGCCUACAAGCAAGGUGCGGCGCUUGAAUCGAGCAGCCUAGAAGCGGAGAUAGGUAUCCACGAUGACUUUGGUGGGACAAGUGUGGCUUUGUCAAGCGCUAUUUCAACAUCAGACAAUCCAUUCCUCGACUAUGAGCCGAACUCUCCCUCAAACCGGCCUAGUGAGGUCGGGCGAGGCGCAGGAAACAGCGCAAACAUGCUGAUCGCUCACGGUUUUAUCAUGAGCCUUGCAUUUGUCAUUUUCUUCCCCUCUUUCGGUCUGCUUAUUGCACUUCCCAUUCGCGGUAUCGUCGUCAAGGCACAUGCGCCACUUCAGAUUUUUGCCCUUUGUUUGACCAUUGCAGGGAUGGGGCUUGGAAUCAAAAUGGGAAGAGACAACAAUGUCAUGGAUGACUCUCACCCGAUCCUCGGGCUGUUUGUCGUUGGACUUCUCAUUUUGUUCCAGCCAGCCAUGGGCCUGCUCCAGCACCUGCACUUUCGACGCACAGGGGGGAGGAGUGUCUUUUCUCACGUCCAUAAAUGGUUAGGUCGAUUGGCGAUCAUCCUUGGUGUUGUCACUGGUGGUCUUGGUUUCCGCUUGGCGGGUAUUGACAAGAAUCCCAAUACGCCAAAGAGCGCCGUUAUUGCUUACUCGGUGAUUGCUGGUGUUAUGGGUUUGGUUUAUGCGACGGUCCAGGCGCUCAGGACUGCGAGAGACAGCAGAAGGGAAACUAUCCGCAACAGCGAUUCAAAUGGGCGGAAAGAAUCUGAGAGGUCGUCAGGAUCUGGUAACAGCCGGAAUUAA